UUUUUCCUUCUGCCUUUCAGAAUCUUUGCCAAGAACUGGAAGCAAAGUUUUAUGAAGGGACUUUUAAUUGGGAAAGUGUCAAGCAGCAUGAUGCCGCCAGCCUGCUGAAGUUCUUCAUCCGGGAGCUGCCCCAGCCGCUGCUCAGUGUAGAAUAUCUCAAAGCCUUUCAGGCCGUCCAGAAUCUUCCAACCAGGAAGCAACAACUACAAGCUUUGAACCUUCUUGUCAUCCUCCUGCCUGAUGCAAACAGAGACACACUUAAGGCCCUGCUUGAAUUUCUCCAAAGAGUAAUAGACAAUAGAGAGAAAAAUAAGAUGACAACCAUGAAUGUAGCCAUGGUCAUGGCCCCGAAUCUCUUCAUGUGUCACACACUGGGUUUGAAGUCCAACGAACAGCGAGAAUUUGUCAUGGCAGCUGGGACAGCUAAUAUCAUGCACUUAUUGAUUAAGUGUCAACAAGUUCUGUGGACAAUUCCCAAGUUUAUUGUCAACCAAGUGAGGAAGCAAAACAGUGAAAAUCAUAGAAAAGACAAAAAAGCCAUGAAGAAAUUGCUGAAGAAAAUGGCUUAUGACCGAGAGAAAUACGAAAAGCAAGAUAAGAAUACAAGCGAUGCUGACGUUCCUGAGGGAGUGAUUCGAGUGCAAGCUCCCCAUCUUUCGAAAGUUUCCAUGGCAAUACAGCUAACAGAAGAACUGAAAGCCAGUGAUGUUCUUGCCAGGUUUCUCAGCCAAGAAAGUGGGAUUGCCCAGACUCUUAAGAAAGGAGAAGUUUUUUUGUAUGAAAUUGGAGGAAAUAUUGGAGAGCGCUGCCUUGACGACGACACUUACAUGAAGGACUUGUAUCAGCUCAACCCCAAUGCCGAGUGGGUCAUCAAGUCUAAGCUGUCGUAGGAGACUGAAGCUGCAGAGAACCCUGAGGACCUCCCGAGGCUCCUUGCUGGAGCAAGAGAGCAAAUAAAAGAAACGGCAGGACUCUUCUAUUGUUCACAUGUACCCAACUUAUGAAUAGUGACACUCUGAAGCCUUAAAAAGUUACAGAUUUGUGCUGCUGCCAGAAUUAUGUUCAUUAAUAAUACGAUGAGCAAACAAAAGAUCUCUAGAGUCAGAGGAAAAGGGGUUAAUUAGCUUGGCAGCUCUUAGACUCUGUGAAAGGUGCCCGGAUGUGACAGUUUGUUUUAUGUGAAAACAUACUCUCUUCCUCUCACUUUUUUUUCUCUAAAAUCAUAUACAUGGUAAUGCGUGCUUCCUCUCCUUUUUCUCCUCCUCAUGUCUGCCUUUCCCCAACGAGGUUUGCUUUUUAACCGAAAAGAUCACAAAUACCAGGUAUUUGGCAAGUCGUGAAGACAAUGCAUCUUAAAAUAGACUGAAUUCAACAGUAUUCCUGUCACCAUCGAAUAUUAAUAUUCCUCCCUUUGAAUCAUUUGUUCAAACAAUAACAUCCCACUUCUCCCCGCUGUAUCACAUGAAGUGAUUUGCAUUGUUUUCAGUUCAUCUGACAUAUGUGUGCAGAACCGUAUCUGCGAUUAAGCAAAUAAAACUGUCAGAAACCGCCCAUUAUUACUGAACUCUUAAAUACUUAUAUAUUAAGAAUAAAUAAAAUAUAUCCAUGUGGAAUAACUGGAUUAUGGGUAACAAAAGAGUGAAAGCCAAAUCACUUCAUGUAUGCUGUAUUCUCCUAAGUGAAAUUUAUGAAGACUUAGCUGGCUUUACCUAUGGUCAUACUAGUAUAAAUAUGCAUGAUAGUAUAAUCCGGUAAUGAUUAAGAAUGCAUUCUACUGAAAGAGGGAUUAUUUUUUCUUUUUAAUUCCUAAAGAAGGCUGCAGGAAGCAUUAUUUUUUUCUGGGUAUGACACAGUCAUAUGAACAAGUUUUUGUUUGUGUACUUUAGAUAAUCAGAGUAAAUUUAUUAAAAUGCUGUGGAAAGUACUAUUCCCAGGGAGUUUAAUGCACAAACCAUAUUGUGACAAGAGAUGAGCCUCUGAACCAUAAAUAAGAGAAAAGAAGUGAGAAAUGUUCAAUAUUUUAUGAGUUUAGCGUGUAGUAAAUAAAAGGUGAUGUAAAUGAGUGUUGCACACACUGUGUUUAUGAUACUUUUAGUAGUAUUUUAGGGAAAAUUACACAUUCUCUGAAGCUCUUGAUGUCAUUCCAGUUAGGAGGGAAAAUGCUGUUAAUGAGAACAGUCGUAAAUUUUUAGCCUGUAAUUAUAGGAGCAGCCUGUGGAUAUGAUCACUUAAAUAACAUUGUUGUGAUUUGUGCCAUUGCUUUUUUAUUUAAAAAAUUUUUAUAAUUAAAUGCAUUUUUCUAAAGUA